AUGGGGCCCAUUGAAUGUUCAAUGGGCAAAUUGUACGGUGCCUUUGCGCAUCUCAGCAGGCCCCAGUUGGAGCGUGUGCCCCUAUACGUGAACGACCACAGUGACGUGGAUGUGGCGACGGAAAAGCAUACCUUUCUGCUUGAACGCUACUCCAGCACGUGGAAACUCCAACAGGUCGUGCAUUCCAUGAACGACCUUUUGUUGGUGCUCCGCCAGUUUCGAAAAUUGUUUUCUGAUGCCAUGCUUCACAAGAAAUUUGCGGUGAAAUUGAAAGUCGCGGUGCAUGGUGACACGACGGUCUUAAGGACAUUGCGGCACCAUCCAGUGAGUAACCUGGGUACGCUCAUUUUAGUGUGGAUUUCUUCCUUGCAGAAAAAGCCCCGUCUCAAUUGGCUUAUCACCCUAAGGCCGAAGAAGAGAUUGGCUCACUCUGCGGCAGGCACGAAUGCCGCAGAUGUGGCGCUUCAACGCGAGGCUUUGAAGGGGCAGGUGGAAAACGAAAUUUCCCAAGGAUAUUUUAAUACUUCUGAAAUUCACACUUCUUUCCGGAUUCGUCUGAGAGCAGGACAGGUUACCGUCGUGACUAAAUCCUUGUCUUGUCUCGCAGCGUACAUGUACAACGACAUGCAGUACUGCCAUUACUUUUUGCAACGAUUUCUCUCUCUGGUGACAGAGCUCAUUAAAAUAUAUAAUGGGAUCAGUACUGAAUGCGACACCUGGCACAGUGAUUGCGAUAUGGAAUACGUUUACCGAUAA